AGCGUGUAAGUUUGCUGGAACAUCAGUGUCUUAUAUUAGCAGUCAAGAUAAACACACCUAGGAGCUGAUGUAUGAUUAAAGGCGAGCUCGUCAUCUGAUGAUAAACUAAUCCGAAAGUAAAAUCAGUAUGACUUUCUGUCAGUCUUCUGCAGAUGAAAUCGAUAUCAGCUUUUAUCUGACGGUAAAAUCAAUACAAACUCAAAGCCACGCUUCAGUCAACGAUUGUAUUUCUUUUGGAAAAGACUGAGAUUGAAGGCACAUUAUUUGUUUAUGCCAGGUCGGCUUCUCCCCAUCAUGGCUUCACAAUUAUGAACCGUUUGAGUACAGAAAACUUAGUGGAGCCGAUCAAUAAAGACCUGGAGUUCCAGCUCCAGGACCCUUUCCUACUGUACAGGAAUGGCAACUUGGGCAUCUACAGUAUCUGGUUCUACGAUAAGGCCGACUGCCAGCGGAUUGCACGGCUCAUGCUACAGAUAGUCAAACAGGAGGCGUUGCGAGUGUCUCCCGACAGAGGCCUGAGCGGCAGGACCAAUGGUUGUGUUCAGAGCAGACCCACAGAUAUCCUGGAGCUGCUCAGCAAGGCUAAGGAGGAGUAUCAAAGGAGUCAGUCAGUGGAGAGAGAUGUUCGGGCGAGCUCUGAAUCUGCACCGUCACACGAGAAGAGAGAGGACAUCCCAGCCGCUCAACACGAGAAGUCAGGUCACUCAGUAGUGAAGCAGAUCACAGUGGAAGAGCUUUUUGGCAGCUCUCUGCCCAAAGAAGCGCCCCAGUCAACAAGCUCCACUGUGGGAGAAAGCAUGCGUGGGCCUGCGUUUGUUCACUCGGUGGAGCCUCUCCUCGCUUCUCGCCUCUCUGCUGACCCAGGAGGCCCGGUGCUGGUCUCUCUCUUUCAGGGUUGUGGCACCCGAGACCCAAGACCGUCUGCUUCAAAUACGGAGGACAGCGGGAGCAGUCGUGGUUCGACUGGUCCACUUCCUCCUGCAUAUACGAAUCCCCCCACAGAGGGUCAUGGGAUGCCUGUGUCACUGCCAGGGUUCAUGCCCAGCCCGCUGGUCACCCCACAGAGCUUCAGAGAAUCCGCCUGUAAAGUUUCAGGGCCCUUCACAGGAAAGGCUGCAUUGUCGGCACAGGUGAAUACACCGAACAGCAUUUUCAUGAGUAAAGAGGCGAAUGCCUUUACACAGUCCUCGACUCUGGUCAAACCCAUUCCAGCGGGGCCAGCUGUCCAGGGGGAGGAGUCUUCACUGCUGCUGUCUCCUAGUGUGUUCCAGCAUUCAAUGACCAAGACAGCCGAGCCACUGAAGAACCCCGCCUCCCCGACGUCUCCCACAGCAGACCUGCCCUCUUCCCUGUACAGUCGCACCCAGCUUAAAGAUACGCUCAUACAUCUCAUAAAGAAUGACGCCCAUUUCCUCAGUGCAAUCCAUGAGGCCUACAUACAGAGCCUCUCUAAAGGCCUCAACAAUAUCAAGUUAUAGCCACAAACUGGGCGGGGAAAAAAAAAAACUACAUCCACGUAUGUUGACACUACUGGACGACACACUGAUCAACACACCCGCCGGCUCUUACGCUGAUGUCACACUCCCAGUGCUCUCUCGCUGAGCUUUCCCACUUCAAUCCUAAUUUAUGUCCAUCUGCCAAUCUAAUAUUUUCAGUCAUUUUCUCUCUAUGACUCCCAGCACAAUUAUGUACAAUUAUGUUAAGGGACUUGUGCAAUACGAAGCAUUGCCUCUUCGGAGAAUUGCUUUUCAUUUAUGAUCCUGCCUUAGAUGUAUGGAUAUGAUACGGUAUCCCAGUCUCAGUAGUGUUUUACUGUUAAAUCAGUAUUGUGGUGUGCAGCAUUGGGAUUCUUUGAGAUCCCAGCAAAGAUGUAUUUUGAGUAGAAUGUGCACUUUUUCUCCUCUUUUCUUACAAACUUGGUUGUUUAAUUUGGCCAUAAAAUGAAUGAAGGUUAGUAGAGUUAAA